AUGUGCCUUACAAAGAAAAAGAAGGGAAAAGUCAUAGUUUACGGCUGUGGGGCCAACAGCAGUGUGGGAGAGCACGGCCCGCGCCUGCGGCUGGCCAGGGGCUGCCGGAGCCCCCGGCCGCGCUCCCCACACCACGAGGAGCAGCGAAAGCACAAGGGAAGUGUAAAAAAGAAAAAGUGCAUUUCCCUAAUUGCUGGCCUCCGCUGGGGCUCGGUGCUGGCUCUGACCGUACCCCGCCGGCUGCCGGCAGGGCGGCCGGGGCUGGCCCUGUGCGCGGGCUGCGGGGGCCGCAUCCAGGACCCCUUCCUGCUGCGGGUGUCGCCGGACCUGGAGUGGCACGUCGCCUGCCUCAAGUGCGCCGAGUGCGGCCAGCCGCUGGACGAGACCUGCACAUGCUUCCUGCGCGACGGCAAGGCCUACUGCAAACGGGAUUACAGCAGGACCACCCGCGUGCGGACGGUGCUGAACGAGAAGCAGCUGCACACGCUGCGGACCUGCUACGCCGCCAACCCGCGCCCCGACGCCCUGAUGAAGGAGCAGCUCGUGGAAAUGACGGGGCUCAGUCCCCGCGUCAUCCGCGUCUGGUUCCAGAACAAGCGCUGCAAGGACAAGAAGAAGUCCAUCCUCAUGAAGCAGCUCCAGCAGCAGCAGCACAGCGACAAGACGAGCCUGCAGGGCCUCACCGGGACGCCGCUGGUGGCCGGCAGCCCCAUCCGCCACGAGAGCGCCGUGCAGGGCAGCGCCGUGGAGGUCCAGACCUACCAGCCGCCCUGGAAGGCGCUCAGCGAAUUCGCCCUGCAGAGCGACCUGGAGCAGCCCGCCGCCUUCCAGCAGCUGGUCUCCUUCUCCGAGUCCGGCUCCUUGGGCACCUCCUCCGGCAGCGACGUGACCUCGCUGUCCUCCCAGCUCCCCGACACCCCCAACAGCAUGGUACCCAGCCCGGCCGAGACGUGAAGCGGCCCCGCCGCGGGACCUCCGCAUGCCUGCGCUCCCUGCAUGAGACACCCGGCCCCGGGCCGCUCCCAGAGCGCCGGACAAACGCCUUUGUUUUUUAAUUAUUCUUAUUUAAAAACAAACAAAAAAUAUGUUACUGACGGCCAAAAAAGCACCGGGAUCCUCGCUGCCUUCACCAGACCGGAGAGAGAGCCCCCGCCCUGGUUAUUUCGUGGUUUUGUUAUUUUUUUUCCCUGCGGAUUUCGAUGUUUCUUUUCCCCAAAGAAACGCGGAUUUCCCCGCCGAAGCCCGGCACGGUGACAGGCUGCCUCGCCCGUCGCUUGCGCUGGGGACG